AUGCCGUACUGCCCAGCUGGUUCUAAAGUUAUCCGAUAUUCUGACAUCGAAAUGGCCCAAGUCAAACUUGACCGAUCCCUUUUGAAGCAGUCGGCCCAGAAAACAGUCCUGAUAACAGGUGCCGCCCGCGGUAUCGGCGCCGCGACCGCACGCCUAUUCAACAACUUUGGCGCAAAUGUGAUUCUCGCCGACCUCGCCGAGCUCAAAGAUGCCGCCGAAGUUUUACAAACUCAACUUGCUCAUCCGGAGCGAGCGAAAUUCGUCCCCACCAACAUCGUCAACUGGACAGAAUUAAGCGCAUCUUUUGAAGCAGCGAUCGCCAAAUUCGGCAGCAUCGACAUUGUCAUCGCCAAUGCGGGGAUAAUGGAGUCUCACCCUGUAUUCGAUUUAGAUGCAGUGGAUAAAGAUGGGCGUCUCCUCGAGAACGAGGAUGCAGGAAGGGUGAUUGACGUCAAUUUAAAAGGGACUUUGAACACACUGCGUCUAGGACUUCAUUAUAUGAAAUCAGAUCCCGAGGGAUCAAACAAGUCAAUUCUCCUUGUCGCAUCGACGUCGAGUUACUUUGGCGGAACAGGGGUGGGCGCCUACAUCGCUUCGAAGCACGGGGUUUUGGGGCUCUUGCGGGCGUCUCAAGAUGUUGCUCGCAAAAAUGGAGUUCGGGUUAAUGCUGUUGCGCCGUUCUUUACGCCUACUCACAUCACUGCGGGAUUUUCAGAGAGAUGGGGUCAGGCAGGCCUUGAAAGAAAUACUCCGGAUGGCGUGGCUGAGGCUAUCGCUUUGGUUGCGUCGGACUCGGCGCGGCAGGGCCAUUGCAUUUUGGUUGCUGGGAGAUAUCUCCGGGAACUUGAAGAAACCAGAACAAAGUUGUUCAGCUCGUGGUUGGGUGAGGAAGUCACUGAAUUCAUGGCGAGCGCAAUGCAAUUCCUUGUUAGUAUUGGGGGCUACGUGCUACCUAAACGUUGA